GCAGCAGGCGUCAUUUGAACUCCAGUCUUCAGCAGUCGCCUCUCAGCGUCCCGUCAGUGCGCUUGCAGCUGACUUAAACGCACACACACACUCACACACACACACACACAUUCAUACGAACACGCUCACACGCACAAGCGCGCACACAUGCGCCAGCCCUUGACAGGAGAGCGCGACUAGAACACGAGGAUCCUUGUGGUUCCAAAACAGCCACCAGCGAGGACGUUCUUGUCUGGGGGAAGCCCUCUCAAAUCUGAACGGAAACUUCAGGAUGCUCGGGGCUGUCAAAAUGGAAGGACACGAACACGCGGACUGGAGCACCUACUAUGGAGAGCCUGAGUGUUACACCUCUGUCGGCAAUAUGAACACCGGACUGGGAAUGAACUCUAUGAACACGUACAUGAGCAUGUCUGGAAUGAGCACAGCCGCGAACAUUACGGCCAACACCAUGAACAUGUCGUACGUUAACACAGGCAUGAGCCCGUCCAUGACUGGCAUGUCUCCGGGCGCAGGUGCUAUGGCGGGAAUGGGCCCGGGCAUGACGGGUAUGAGCGCAGCACUGAGCCCGAGCAUGAGCCCAAUGACGGCUCAAGCGCCUUCCAUGAACGCUUUAAGCUCUUACACAAACAUGAACGCCAUGAGCCCGAUGUACAGCCAGUCUAAUAUCAACCGGUCCCGCGACCCCAAAACGUACCGCAGGAGCUACACGCACGCCAAGCCACCGUAUUCAUACAUCUCCCUGAUUACUAUGGCCAUCCAGCAGUCUCCGAGCAAGAUGCUAACCCUAAGCGAGAUCUACCAGUGGAUCAUGGACCUGUUCCCCUUUUACCGACAAAACCAGCAGCGCUGGCAGAACUCCAUCCGCCACUCACUAUCUUUCAACGACUGCUUCGUGAAAGUGCCUCGCUCGCCCGACAAACCUGGCAAAGGCUCGUUCUGGACCCUGCAUCCCGACUCGGGCAACAUGUUUGAGAACGGCUGCUAUCUGCGCCGCCAGAAGCGCUUCAAGUGCGAAAAAUCUUCCAGCAAGGAAUCUGGCCGGAAGUCAUCCGAACCUGGGUCACACAGCAGCUCCGAAAGCUGCAACGGCAACGAGUCCCCAAACUCGAACUCCUCCGUCAGCGAGCACAAAAGAUCACUGUCAGACCUGAAGUCGAACCCCGGGAUGAGUCCAGAACACAACGCCGCCUCGCCCGUUUCCCAGCACCACCAACAGCAGCAGCAGCAGCAGCAGCAGCAUCUAAUGGCGCAGCAUCACGCGGUUCUCGCGCACGACGCGCACUUAAAGCCAGACCAUCACUACUCUUUCAACCACCCGUUUUCCAUCAACAACCUUAUGUCGUCCGAGCAACAGCAUCACCACAAAAUGGACCUGAAAACUUACGAGCAGGUGAUGCAUUACGGCUACAGCUCGCCGAUGGCUGGCGCUCUUUCCAUGGGCUCCAUGGCGGCGAAAACGGGUUUCGACUCAUCGUCGUUAGGAGCGGACACGUCCUAUUACCAAGGCGUGUAUUCAAGACCCAUCAUGAACUCAUCUUAGUCUGAUGGAACUUUUCACAUGUUUGUACAUUUGUAAAAAAACAAACAAAAAAAACUUUUUGUGAAUAAGUAUUCUGGACUUUUUAUUUGUUUUUUGACGGUUCGCGUUAAUUUUAGUGGUCACGUUAAUUAGUCAUUUUUUUUGUAAAAAGAAAAAAAAUGUGAAGAAACGAAUGUGACGAACUUUGUGGCUUUGAAAAUGGACCAAAAAACACACACAGCUGAUCUGAAUCUGGGAAUCUCAACCAAAUGGAAAAGGAGGAACUGUUCUUCAUUCAUCUGUGAAAACAUUAUUUAUGGCUUGUAAAUGUGUAUUCUUGUAGACAACGAUAAGAACAGAAUCUAUAUUAAAGUGUUAUUUGAAUUUU